AUGGCAUUUUUUUCCUUUAAAGGCUACAGCCUCGAGUCGCGAUUGCACUUUCGCAUGCAUGCUGCACAUGCCCUCUUAUAUCCAGAAAACCAAGAACCCAGCGUUCGGACACACUUUAUCUCUGGCUCUUGCACUCCUGCGCAGAUGGCCUCUCCUUCAGUUUCGCCUUCCUCUUCCUCUACCCAUAAUUCUAUACUUCACAUAGAAGGUGGUGGCCAAUCUAUAUCUAGUUCCCCUACAACUUCUUUUUUAUAUCAAACUCAGUCUUAUGAUUUUAAUAACUCCUCAGCAAAACCUACCUCUCAGUCUUAUUCACAUUCUUUUCCGUCAUUCCUUCGUCUCUCUUGGCUUGGAGGUAAAUCCCCUACCUCGGAGCAACAUUUACUACCAACUUUGCAGAUUGAUUCUCAGAUUUCACCGCAUUCGCCAUCGUCAUCUAUGGCGUCCCAAAUGCUACAAUCACCAGUUCAACCUGAGAAGACGGGCACAACCUCAACGUCUUCUUCAAAUCAAAUUGUUCGACAACACAAGCCACCCACUAGCCUAGAAACCAACCCAGCCAGUAAUUCCAGAAGAGGAUAUAGUCGCCUUGGCCGCGCUUCGAUUGGGGGAGGAGGUUUAUUUGACGCAGAUGAAGAGGAUGAUGACGAUGAGGAAUUAAAAAACCAAGGAUAA